AUGAACCACAGGCAGUCGGUGGCAACGUCAACCACUCCUAGCCCGGACAGCCCACGGGCCAGAAGCCGGGACAACCUGCUGGCAUAUGAUGACUUCCCUGAGGAUAACAGAUGGAUUGGCCACAGCCAACUCCUGGCUCGUCUCAGCGCCGUCAAGCGCCGGCAGGCCCUGCGGGGCCCAGUUCACAUGUUCACUGAACCGUCCGUUGGCCCGUCUGAGGUGGAGCAGCGCUUCCUGGAGGCAGCCGAGUAUGGCAACAUCCCCGAGGUGCGCCGCAUGCUUCUACACGUCCCCCACCUGAAUGUCAAUACAGUCAACUACAUGGGCCAGAACGCCCUGCAGCUGGCCGUGGCCAACGAGCACUUGGAGGUGACGGAGCUGCUGCUGGGGAGGCCAGACCUGGCGCGGGUGGGAGAUGCCCUCCUAUUAGCCAUUAGUAAGGGCUACAUCCGCAUCACUGAGGCCCUGCUUGCGCACCCUUCGUUCCGAGAUGCCCAUCGUCUGACAGCCAGUCCUGCUCAAGUGGACAUGCUAGAUGACUUCUAUGCCUACGACGAGGACGGGACGAGGUUCUCCCACGAUGUGACACCAGUAAUCCUGGCGGCGCACUGCCAAGAGUAUGAGAUCGUUCACACUUUGUUGAGUAAAGGGGCUCGGAUCGACCCACCCCAUGACUACUUCUGCGGGUGCAACUCGUGCAACUACCAGCAGCAGUUUGACUCCUUCAGCCACUCGCGCUCCCGUAUCAACGCUUACCGAGGGCUGGCUAGUCCGGCUUACCUGUCCCUGUCCAGUGAGGAUCCAGUGCUAGCUGCCCUGGAACUCAGCAAUGAGCUGGCCAUGCUGGCCAACAUUGAGAAGGAGUUUAAGAACGACUAUUGCCGCUUGUCCAGCCAGUGUAAGGACUUCGUGGUGGGCCUCUUAGACCUGUGCCGUAGCACUGAGGAAGUGGAGGCCAUACUGAAUGGGGAAACCAAUUGUGAAGACAGCUACGAUCCACCCGGUCGCCCUUCCCUCACACGCCUCAAAUUAGCCAUCAAAUAUGAAUUGAAAAAGUUUGUAGCCCAUCCCAACUGCCAGCAGCAGCUACUAAGUAUCUGGUAUGAGAACCUACCAGGUCUUAGGCAGCAAACUACAGCUAUCAAACUACUGGUUGUCCUGGCGGUGUCCAUGGGGCUGCCUGGGUUGGCUUUGGCCUAUUGGAUCGCACCAUGCAGUAGAGUGGGUCGGGUUAUGCGCAGCCCCUUCAUGAAAUUCGUGGCUCAUGCUUCAUCUUUCACAAUCUUCCUGGGCCUGCUGAUCCUUAACGCUGCAGACCGUUUCGCAGGAACCGCUGUGUUGCCCAACAUGACCCACCAACAUGUGCCAGGCGCAUCCCGACUGGGCACAGACCCCAUGCUGCUCUACCGAAUGACCACAACACCCUUCACCUGGAUGGAGAUUCUAAUUGUCUCGUGGGUCAUGGGAAUGAUCUGGACCGAGGUCAAAGAGAUCUGGAGUCUGGGGCCUGGGGAGUACCUGGUGGAACCAUGGAACUUUCUGGAUUUUGGGAUGCUUGCGAUCUUCCUGGCGUCGUUCAGUUGCCGCUUCUCCGCUCUUAGACACGCCAGUUUUGCUCAGACUUACGUAGACACGCAUUACACCAACCUGACAAAUGUCACACUGCCUCCUGAGAUACUCUACUUCACGUUGGGUGACCGCGGUCUAACGUCUUUUCUGGCCACAGGUAUGCAGCCUUCCGGUAUUGCAACACAAUAUCCUAUCCUGUUUUUGGCAGCGAGGAUCCACUGGUUGCCAUCGGAUCCCCAGCUGGUCUCCGAAGGUCUGUACGCGGUGGCAGUAGUGCUAAGCUUCUCUCGGAUUGCGUACAUCCUCCCGGCCAAUGAGAGCUUCGGGCCUCUGCAGAUCUCGCUGGGCAGGACGGUGAAGGAUAUUUUCAAAUUCAUGGUUAUCUUCCUUCUGGUUUUUCUGGCUUUCAUGAUUGGCAUGUUCAACCUGUACUCCUAUUACCUGGGAGUCAAGCAGAACGACGCCUUCACCACCCUGGAGGAGAGCUUCAAGACACUCUUCUGGGCCAUAUUUGGCUUGUCUGAGGUCCGUUCAGUUGUGAUAAACAACGGGCACAAGUUCAUCGAGAACAUUGGCUACGUGCUCUAUGGCGUUUACAACGUGACCAUGGUCAUAGUGUUGCUCAAUAUGCUUAUCGCCAUGAUCAACAGCUCGUUCCAGGAGAUCGAGGACGAUGCCGAUGUAGAGUGGAAGUUUGCACGAGCCAAACUCUGGUUCUCCUACUUUGAGGAAGGGCGAACCCUACCAGUGCCUUUCAACCUUGUUCCAAGUCCCAAGUCAAUGCUGGGCCUUUCCAAAGGUGUCAAAUCUCUGGUUCUGCAGUACAUAAGAGGACAUAAUGAGGAAAAACAUGAGACACAACUUGACAAGAUGGGAGAAGGGAAAAAGCCAGCAUUCAGCGGUUCCACAAACCCGUCCAGAUAUCAGAAGAUAAUGAAGCGCCUCAUCAAGCGUUACAUCAUCAAAGCACGAGCCGACCGGGAAAGUGAUGAGAUUACUGAAGGUGAGUUGAAGGAAAUCAAGCAAGACAUAUCCAGCCUCCGCUACGAGCUUUUAGAAGAGAAGUCGCAGAAUACGGAGACGCUGGAUGAGCUGAUGAGAAGACUCGGGGACAUUGCAACAUCCUGA